GGCUCAUGCGCUAUCAAACCAUAGCAAUUCGUCUCCAACAGUAAACAGCUGAGAGAAAGGGUAGAGAAGACAAAAUGGCGGAGUGAAUGGGUUGCGCUGUGGCAAACGGUUGCGACCCUCGAAGAUAGUCCAUUGGAUAUUUAGGACCGAAAUGUUUGGAUAGAAAAGCGAUAUCGCCAGGAACGUAAUUGUAUUGGCGUUUCAGUCAUACGUUUUUUUAGGUCGUUUUUCCCCCCGCGACGAUCCUCGCGAUAGCAUUUAGCUGUAACUGGCUGGUCGUACAAGGCCGCAACAUCUUUCAGAUUUACAUCGAAUUGUAUGUCGUUACUGCCACGUCAUACAGUAUUUCUUAAAGGAAUUCGUGUUUCAACGAACAUCUUUUGGGAAUGGUAGCGUAAAAAAAAGUCAACGCACUGAUAUUUUUUUCCCAUCCGGCGCAUUACGUUAGCCGUAGUUCUUUUUUUUUUUUUUAAAGUAGCUAACAGUGGUCGAUAGCCACCAACGCCAGCUGACUCGGGGCCACCUUUAUGUUUCGCAGCUGCCCAUAAAACACAUUUCUCUGAGGUGAAUCUUGCGGCGAUUGUCAUCUGGUGGAUAUUAUGGCGAGCAGCAGCGGCUCGAAAGCCGAAUUUAUCGUCGGUGGGAAAUACAAGCUUGUCCGAAAAAUUGGAUCGGGGUCUUUCGGUGACAUAUAUUUGGCCAUCAACGUCACAAAUGGAGAGGAGGUAGCAGUCAAACUGGAGUCCCAGAAAGCCAGGCAUCCACAGUUGUUAUACGAAAGUAAGCUGUAUAAAAUACUACAAGGUGGUGUCGGCAUUCCACAUAUACGGUGGUAUGGCCAAGAGAAGGAUUACAACGUCCUAGUGAUGGACCUGCUUGGCCCCAGUCUCGAGGACCUAUUUAACUUCUGCUCUCGCCGCUUCACCAUGAAAACAGUCCUUAUGUUGGCAGACCAGAUGAUCAGCAGAAUUGAGUAUGUACACACAAAGAACUUCAUCCACAGAGAUAUCAAACCAGACAACUUUCUCAUGGGCAUCGGCCGUCACUGUAACAAGUGUUUAGACUCAUCAGUGGGGAAGAGGAAAAGAAGCUUGGCGGUUAGCUCUUCUCAGGACCCAUCUUUCUCAGGAUUAAACCAGUUGUUCCUUAUUGACUUUGGAUUGGCGAAGAAGUACAGAGAUAACCGAACACGACAGCACAUCCCCUACAGAGAAGACAAGAACCUGACCGGCACAGCACGUUAUGCCUCCAUCAAUGCACACCUGGGCAUUGAACAGAGUCGGCGUGAUGACAUGGAGUCACUAGGCUAUGUGCUGAUGUACUUCAACAGAACCAGUCUACCAUGGCAAGGACUGAAGGCUGCCACAAAGAAGCAGAAAUAUGAGAAAAUCUCGGAGAAAAAGAUGUCUACUCCUGUGGAGAUUCUCUGUAAGGGUUUUCCAGCAGAAUUUUCCAUGUAUUUGAACUAUUGCCGUGGUCUGCGCUUUGAGGAGGCUCCAGAUUAUAUGUAUCUUCGCCAACUCUUCCGCAUCCUCUUCAGGACUUUGAACCACCAAUAUGACUAUACAUUUGACUGGACCAUGCUGAAACAGAAAGCAGCGCAGCAGGGGGCUUCCACCGGGGGCCAGGGCCAACAGGCACAAACCCCCACAGGCAAGCAAACUGACAAACCCAAGCCUAACAUGAAAGGUUUCUGAGUAGUCUUCCCAGAGCAUAGCUUCAGAAGUGUUGGCGACCAGGAACAACAAGGCUCUUUCCUAGACAAGCGACAAAGAGAACGUUUGUGUCCCCCUUCUAUCUUAUCUGUGUAAUGGAAAUAUAUAGAUAACACAGCAGACACGUGUGUACAUCUAUAUAUUUGUUAUUGUAUAUAAUAAAACUCUACACUCUGAAAGAAAGAAUGGAAUAGGAGGACCUUCUGGAUGUGGAAGCUGUAACCCACUUGCCCCAACCCUGACCUGACAUACCUUUUCAUCUAUCCCUGUCUUGUCUUCCUUUUCAUUGUUGACUUUUUGUACAAGUUUUGUUGAAAACUAGUCAGCUCUGGCCUUUUUUUCUCUCUGUGUGAAUAUCUCAAAGAAUCACUUCCCUUUCUUCACUUAUUUCACUCUGCUUUACCAAGCAAAUGUUUAAACAUGUAAACCUAAAAACUCUUACCUUGUUUCUAAAGAGCUGAUUGAGAGAACCCUGGUUAUUUACAGAAAGGUGAACUUUUGACGAAUCAUUUUUUGUUUUGUUUUUCCUAUGGUGGUUAGGAGUUUCCCUGCUGACAUUAUAAGCAGCUGAUGGCAACAGUCUGUAGUAGAUUGACACUCUGGCUCUAUCCCUUUCUUUAGAGCUAUGACUUAUAAUUAAAUCUGUUGUAAAACCCAUGGUCUUCUCCAGAAAUACAAAUAAAACAUUACACAACUCAGA